AUGGAACCACUCUACAACACCCGCGAAACCUUCAGCAAGACAGCCCUUUACACCCCGCCUCACAUUACUCCUUCCGCCAAAGAUGCCUCACCUCCCGUCUGCCCAAUCUGCACCGAGCCAUGUACCGAGCUGUGUAUCGAUGUCCCUACUAUAGGAAAUCACCAUGCCCUCCAAAUGCCAUUAUGCGCCCACAUCUUCGGCGCAUCUUGCAUCGAAACCUGGUUUGAUGCCGCAAGCACCUGUCCGCUUUGCCGCAAAGACUUCUUCCCUACGAAUCCCGAAGGAAUAUCGCAAGAACUGAAGGAGAUGCCUGGUCUCGUUGAAGAGGCGUUGGGAGUGCUGCAGAAAAUGCGGGAUAGGUAUCCGCAGGGACGCGACGAUCUUGAGAAGAUAGCAAGUUCGGUUGGUGGGUUCGCGGAGAUGAUUGUAAGGGACUGUGAGGAGAGGGACGCGAGGAAGAGUGAGAGGGAAGAAUUUGAGGGAAGGAGGCACCAGAAGAGGGAAGCGCUGGCGACACGAGAACGGCAACGGCAAGAUAAUUCAGCCGAUGGGCAAACGUCACCACCGAAUGAGACCCCAACCGCCCCUUUCAGCGACACCACGAUGCUAGUGCCACCUGUCUCUACACCAACCGCCGCUCCGCAGCAAGAAGUCCCACCCUCGGUGCAAGAGUACAUCAUGGGAAAAGCCGAAGCAUUCAUCCUCUACAACUUCACCCGUGACCUUUCAUCAGUGACCCGCACCGGACACGUCGACCCAGACUCGGAUUUCUACCACGUCAUGGACCUAGCACGGGUGGUGCAAGACCUAGCUGAAGAGUAUGGCUUAUUAGAGGUUGCUACAGCAAUCUCAAGGAAGCGCAUCAAUGUUAAUAGGGGUAUAUUGGAGCAACAAAGGGCGGAAGAGGAGCUGAGGAGGGCAUCUUGUGUUGAGUAUGUAGGAGGGAAGGUGAAGAGGAGGGGAUUUUGGAGGUGGAGUUGGUGGCGCAGGUAG